CGUGCUGAAUCCUAGAGGGAUGGAGACAGACCCGGCCUUGGAGAUAUGCACAGAGAGCAGAGCAGAGACAGAGGGAGAGAGAACGGAGACCAGAGAGGGACCCACCAGGAGCCCCAGCCCCCUGUCCCCCAAUAGGUCUUCAGCUGCUCACACCCCUACAACACUCACCCCUUCUCCCCCUAAACGUAAUCCCUCCCACCCUCCUAAACUCACCCCCACUCCCUCUACUAGUACGCUCACCCUCAGCUCUACAUGCACACCCUCUUCCUCAUCUACACCCACCCCCAAUCCCCAUAAACUGAACCCCGACCCCUCACCUCCCCCUACUCUCACCCGUAAAACCCACACUACCCUCACCCCUAUGGUACUCACCCCCACCCCCACCCCAACAUCUACACCUACUUCCCCCUCACUCACUCCCAACCCCGUCACCCCUACAAUACUCAUCCCCAACCCUACUCCCCCCCACACUCACACCCUCUCUACCUACACCCAAGCAUGCCCCCUCUCCCUCCUCCCCCACUAAAGUCAUUCACAAACCUGCUCCUUUCCCCUUUACUCCCCCUCUACUCACUCCCUCCCCCACUGUAUCGGCCAUCACUUCUCUGCCCCCCUCCUCUGUAACCCACGGCAACAUGUCUUCUGCUCCCGGGACUUCCUCCUUCUUGACCAAUGGUAAUGCAAGGCCAGUCUCCACGCCCACCUCUCCACCAAUCACGCCUUUCCAUACCCCGGCCAGCAGACAGGUAACUGACCAUAAAACAAAAGCCGCACACGAUGUAACCAGCCACACAUACAGGCACAAGUAGACACACAUACACACACAAUUGACUACACAGACAACCACAUCCAUUCCUGGAUCAAUUGGUUUACAUUCCUUUAACCUAGAGUACAGUAUUCAAAAUACCUCCAAAAUACACCUCUCUCUCGCUGUCUCUCUCAGAUCCCUUUCCCUCGCCCCCUGGCUACACCCACUCUGGUGCAAGCCUAUCAGAGCACCUCGUCUGUCAGACAGAGGGUAUCCCAGCAGGCUUUGCUCCUAGGUCGAAGUUCUUGUUCCAGCCGAGACCAGAUGCUGCUCAGGACCCAG